AAGGGCCGCCGCAUCCGCGUCGCCUCUGACGUCACCGGCACCUAAGGGGCGGGGCCUGAGCAUCAGGAGCUAAAGCGGCGCUGGAGGCGACGGCGAGAACGGGAACAGUCCUCUCUCUCUGUCUCUUUCUCUCUGCCUACUUCCUUCCUUCCUUCCUUCGGGCGGAUGAUGAGCCUCGGCCGCUGCAGGAGGAACGGGGCGCGGGCGGAGGGGCUCUUCCUGCUGCUCCUGCUCUUGCUGCCCAUGCCUGAGGCGGAUGCUGCCUCCGCCGCCGCCGCUUCCUCCUCCUCGGCUCCCGGGCGCUGCGAGGCGGCGGCGGCGGCGACGACGACUGCAAGAGACGGCGCCCGGAGAGGAAGCAGCGGCGGGACGUCGUCGUCGUCGUCGUCGUCUCUGGGGACAGAUUCUUGUCAUUUAUUGAGCCCACCAUGCUUUACUGAGGAAGAUAAAUACAGCUUGGAAGCUCUCCGCACAAUUCAUAAACAAAUGGAUGAUGACAAGGAUGGUGGCAUUGAAGUAAAUGAAAGUGAUGAGUUUAUCAGAGAAGAUAUGAAAUACAAAGAUGCUUCCAACAAACACAACCACCUUCAUAGGGAAGACAAGCACAUCACCAUUGAAGAUCUGUGGAAACGCUGGAAGACUUCUGAAGUUCACAACUGGACACUAGAGGAGACUCUUCAGUGGCUGAUAGAAUUUGUUGAACUUCCUCAGUAUGAGAAAAAUUUCAGAGAAAAUAAUGUCAAAGGAACAACGUUGCCAAGGAUAGCAAUUAAUGAACCUGCAUUUAUGAUCUCUCAACUGAAAAUCAUUGAUCGGAGCCACAGGCAGAAACUUCAGCUAAAGGCCUUGGAUGUUGUUUUGUUUGGCCCUAUUACACGACCACCUCACAACUGGAUGAAAGAUUUCAUACUCACAGUUUCUAUUGUGAUUGGUGUUGGAGGCUGCUGGUUUGCAUACACUCAGAACAAGACCUCAAAAGAACAUAUCACCAAAAUGAUGAAAGAUUUGGAAAGCCUUCAGACAGCAGAACAGAGCCUGUGUGAAUUGCAAGAGAGGCUUGAAAAAGCACAAGAAGAGAACCGGACUGUUGCUGUAGAAAAGCAAAACUUAGAACGGAAGAUGAUGGAUGAAAUCAGUGAUGCAAAACGGGAAGCAUGUCGGCUGAAAGAAUUGAGGGAAGGAGCUGAAUGUGAGCUCAGCAGACUUAAGUAUGCAGAAGAGGAGUUGGUGCAGGUCCGCAUGGCCUUAAAAAAGGCUGAAAAAGAAUUUGAAUUGAGAAGCAAUUGGUCUGUUCCUGAUGCCCUGCAAAAAUGGCUCCAGCUGACUCAUGAAGUUGAAGUACAGUACUAUAACAUCAAAAGACAAAAUGCAGAAAUGCAGUUAGCAAUUGCUAAGGAAGAGGCAGAAAAGAUCAAGAAGAAGAGAAAUACUGUAUUUGGGACAUUACAUGUAGCACAUAGCUCUUCUCUUGAUGAAGUGGACCACAAGAUUCUGGAAGCAAAGAAAGCACUUUCUGAAUUAACCACAUGUUUGAGAGAGAGACUCUACCGAUGGCAACAGAUUGAGAAGAUCUGUGGCUUCCAGAUAGCACAUAACUCAGGAUUACCAAGUCUGACUUCAUCACUUUACUCUGAUCAUAGUUGGGUGGUAAUGCCACGAGUUUCCAUUCCACCGUAUCCAAUUGCAGGCGGAGUGGAUGACCUUGAUGAAGACACUCCUCCAAUAGUUUCUCAGUUUCAUGGCCGCCUCCAAGUACUUUCUAUGUGGGUGGGGCUUUUCCCUUCUUAUUUUAUAGGAAGAAAAAGAAAGUGCUCUCACUUUGGAAAGAAAAUCCUCUCGUUUCUAAUACGCCUGAAAGGAGAGUGCCUCACCCACAGGGACAGUGGCUCAGUGGCUGCCUGGUCCAUUGUAAAAACUAGCACCUUGGCAAGGAGCAGUAGCAUAUGUCGUUCCCGACGAAAUGUUGUGCCAUCAUCUCCCCAGUCUCAACACACAGCACAAAUGCAACACACUCCGCAUACGCAAGCUACUUUGCACUCUGCAGACCCAGACAUCCUUUCAGUGUCUAGUUGCCCUGCUGCUUACCGCACAGAAGAGGAAGAGGAGGCCAUUUACUUCACAGCUGACAAGCAAUGGGAAGUACAAGAUACAGCCUCUGAAUGCGACUCCUUCAAUUCCUCAGUUGGGAGGAAGCAAUCUCCUCCUUCUAGCCUUGAAAUAUAUCAACCCCUGUCACCUCAAAAGAGAUCACGAGAGGAACUCUCAUUAGAGGAGUCAUCUACUGGAGACUCUUCCUCCAUAACAGCUGAUAUUUCCAGGGGUUCUCCUGACUGUGUUGGAAUGACAGAAACUAAAAGUAUGAUCUUUAGUCCAGCAAGCAAGGUGUACAAUGGCAUUCUGGAGAAGUCCUGCAGCAUGAACCAGCUUUCUAGCGGGGCUCCUGUGCCCAAGCCUCGCCACACCUCAUGUUCAUCUACCAGCAGUGAAAGCAAAGCAGGUCACGAAUCAUCUGCUGUCCCUCGGAUAAGUAGCACCUCACAAGACCUCUGUCAGAAUGGAGAUCGAAACAAAAAAUCCUCCAAAAUAAAAAGUCUGUUUAAGAAGAAAUCAAAGUGAGGCUACUGGAGAAAAUGCUCAAGAGUGGCAUUGUUAGACUUCCUUGUUGUUUAUUAUUAUUUUUUAACUUAAGAAUGUAGUUAUCAAGGUUUUCCUGACUUGGAUGCCACAGCAGGAAAACCUCUUAGGUCAACUUCUCUUCUGUUUCAAAUGACUUCAUAGUCAACUUGUGCCAGCUGUCGAUGAGAAAUUUUAAAUUUCAAGACAGUUUACAUUCAUUGGUCUAUUUAUUUCUGCUUUUUUUAGUUUAUUUACAAAACUUUAAAAAAUAUUAAAAAAAACUCAACACUUUAACACAAGCUUUAACGGACUAGUGAGCCUGCAUGGGCUUGCCAAAGUUUUCUCUUGUUUACCAGAGCAUCUUCUUAUCUUUCCACAGAAGCUAUGGCAUUUGCAUACUGGACAAAAGUAACUUUUAAAUGAAGUAUACUACUUAAAUUGCACUACUGUUUUCCUGACUGGAAAGUAUCUUUACAAGUGAAACUGUUUAGACUUCUAAAAUGAUGGAAGAGAUGACUUGGUUCAUUGUUUUGUUUUGUUUUUUUAGAUUUGUUCUUCUUUUUUUUAGAAGCUACCAUUUCUAACAGUUGAUUUCUGGAACUGGAACCCCAUUUCUUUUACAGAAUGCUUACUUAAAUGCAUUUAUUAUUAACCUAAUGGAUUGGGUCCUGUUGUAAAGAUCAUGAUUAUCCAGGCAGGGCUUUCACUGUGAUUUUACUGCAUUGCACAGGUUGUAUGGUAAGAAAAAGAUUUAUCAAGAGAAGAGGCUCCUGAUUCUGUGUGCAAGUGAGAAGAGUCAAGACUUGAUUUUGAAGGACCUUUUAAGUCAUUCACAACCUUAAAACUGGGAUAGGGACAAAUGUGGGCACUUGUUUACAUACUUUGACAGACAACGGAUGUUUGAUUUGUGAAUAUUUGUUACUGUGGCAAAGAUAAUAAAUUGAAAAUAUUAUUGUGCACUGA